UUUUCCGUGGACGUUCUUUGAAAACACCAAUAUGACGACCGCUAGUUUGCCCAGAGUUCCAGAGGGACUUCGGGACCUUAUGAAAGUCUACACCAAAGAGGUUUUGCGUGAAAAACCAUCCGAUCUGUACGAAUUUUCGGCAAAGUUUUUUAACAUGAUUGUUGGUGAAAAGUCUCACCAAGCCGUGAGAAAAUAUGAACCUGCCCAGACUUACGAAACCAUUAUGAAAAACCGUAUACGUCAGCAAGUGCCCAUAUCUAUGGUUUUUAACAUAAUACCUGAAAAUCUGACCGACUUGAUCAAGCAAUUUAUAAAGGCUGUUCUAAGAGAGAAGCCGGAUAAUAUUUAUAUUUUCGCGCAGGAGUACUUUCAGAGGCUAUCGAAGGAAAAGUCAGGUCGUACUGAAUACAAAAAGUAUGCCACAUACGAAAAUUCAUUGAAGGACAAGGAAAACCUAGGUCCUGUGGCAAAGGUAACCUGCGAAUGUGGACGUGUUCUCAGCGCAAAAGCAAAGGAUGUGGAAAAUAAUACAGUUCUUAUUGAAAAGGAAGAAAAGGAAUCUCUUAUUAUGGCUUUACCCAAAAAAGAUGAUGACGCGAAAAAUGUAAUUAAUAUGACCUACAUAAGAUCCGUGGUUAUUAUUCAAAGGCACUUUCGUCGAUAUCUGAAGCGUGUGAAAACCGAUCGAAAUAAAAAGGAUAAAUGCAAUAGCAUGGAAUAUAUGACUUCUAUUUUGUUGCUUCAAAGACAAUUUCGGCGGCUUAAUGCCAAAAAACGAGUGAAAAAACUCAAGCUUUCGCGUUUAAAUGAACCAAAAGGAAAAGUUGAUACGGCCAACUAUAUGAAAGCUGUUCUCAUUAUUCAAAAACAUUAUCGCUUAUAUUUAAAACAGAAGCAGGAGCAAAAUCGAUUAGAAAAUGACAAAGUUUCCUUGGCAACAGCCGCCAUUAUAAUCCAAAGAGCCUUUCGUAGAAUGUUGGCCGUACAUAAGGCCAGAAGAAUAACCUCGGCCAGUGCCGAUCAUCCCGAGGACCUUAACGACAAUGCCUCGGAAACAGGAUCCUACACCUCCGUGUCGACAGCCCUCCUUUCAACGGAGUCCACCGAACUGGGUGGCACGAAUUACGAGGAACGAGUCCAUCAGAAAAUAAUCCACGAGGAUGAGGAAGUGGAGAACAGCAAUGUGGAUGGUGGCCUGGAAAAGGAGUAUUUUGCAGAACCCAUUAAGAGCGACAAAAAAUCGAUACAUCUGAGAAAAAGCGAUACUUUAAGUGGCCCCUUGAUCGAUAAUCAGGAGGACCAUGAAAAUAAUGAAUACUCUGAAUUUGAGGUCAAGAAACAAAAAGAGGAAAUUGAGGAUGAAUUUAGAGCUAUUAAAAAACGGGAUACAGAAAUCCAAGCUAUACCGGAACAUACACUGGAAAGACAAGAUGAGCUUCAAAGUUUAGAAAAUGUAGAUAAUAUUAAAAUCAAUGAAACCAUUCCGCCUCCAAAAGUUAUCAAAUCUGAAAGUCAAUUGCAAGCAACUCCCACAAUUUCUAUAGAACAUGUUGAUGAUAGUCCCGAGGAAAAUUCAUCAAUUCCAUCUGAAUCUAAUGAAUCUCCAAAACAACCAUCAAUAGAUAAUGACAAAGAAAAGCCUGUUGAAUCUUUAGUUUCAAACACAAGUCGGGAUAAACAUGAUCAAGAAUCUCUGAAACAAGCUUCAGUCGAUAAUGACAAAGAAGAGCCUGUUGAAUCUUUAGCUUCAAAAGCUUGUAAGGAUGGAAAACAUUCAAUCGAUGAUGACAUGGAAAAGCGAGUUGAAUCUUUAGUUUCAAACACAAGUCGGGAUAAACAUGAUCAAGAAUCUCUGAAACAUACUUCAGUCGAUAAUGACAAAGAAGAGCCUGUUGAAUCUUUAGCUUCAAAAGCUUGUAAGGAUGGACAACCUUCAAUCGAUGAUGACAUGGAAAAGCGAGUUGAAUCUUUAGUUUCAAGCACAAGUUGGGAUAAACAUGAUCAAGAAUCUCUGAAACAUACUUCAGUCGAUAAUGACAAAGAAGAGCCUGUUGAAUCUUUAGCUUCAAAAGCUUGUAAGGAUGGACAACCUUCAAUCGAUGAUGACAUGGAAAAGCGAGUUGAAUCUUUAGUUUCAAACGCAAAAUCUCCAAAACAAUCUUCAAUCGAUACUGAUUUGGAAAAGCCUAUUGAAUCUUUAAAUUCAAACUCAAGUCAGGAGGGACAUGAUCAAGAAUCAUUAAAACAACCUUCAAUCGAUACUGAUUUGGAAAAGCCUAUUGAAUCUUUAAAUUCAAACGCAAGUCAGGAGAGACACGAUCAAGAAUCUCCGAAACAAAUUUUAAUCGAUAAUGAUCCGGAAAAGCCUGUAGAAUCUUUGGUUUCAAACUUCACUCAAGAAAUACAAUCAACUGAAGAUACUUCCUCAAAGGAUGAUGAAAAGGAUACUGUAACUGAUCCCAUAUAUAGGGCUAAGAGGAGUUUAGAAGAGAUUGAAACUAACUUAGAUAAAAUAAUGGAAAAUUCCAAGGGAAUAGGUGAAGAAACAAAAGGUGACGAGUUUGUGGAAAAGGAAGUGAGCCUUAAGAAUAGCAAUGAUCAAAUCGAUCCGGAUAAAGUUAAAGAAAUAAGUUAUGAAAAACGUGAAGAAAAACAGGAAAUUGAACAACUGGGGAAUUCAGAGAGAGAUACUGAUACGGGGAAAGAUUCCAUAGAAAAUGAAGAAAAACUAUUAACACUUGGGGAUGAAGUUGAGGAAAUUAAAACCCUAGGUGAUGAUAUAAAGAAUGAUACUUCGGAAACCAUCUCAGGAAUAAGAGAAGCUAUAAGUGGAAGUACAGAUGCAAUUGAAGUUAGCGACGAGAAGUUAUUAAAAAAACAGUCUUCUAAUGAAGUAAUAAACGAACUUGAAAAUAACGAAAAAGAACACAAGGCAGAUCCCAAUGAUAAAGAAGUAGUCCUGGAAGGAUCACAUAGCAGAUCACAGCAAAGUCCUGAAAAAAAUAAAAUAGAUGUGGAUUCCGACAACAAUUCUAAAAAUAUAUCAGAGGAAACAAAAAUUCAAAAUGCAUUAAUUGAGGAAGGCGAUUAUGAACCACUGCUUCUAUCCGGAGAAAAAGUUGAAGGGAAACCUACAACCGAAGAGAUAGAAGCAAAUAAAGAUCAUCCAGUCGAUCAUCUGGCUAAUAAAGACGAAAUUCUAAUUCCUACAAAAUCUCAAGAGGAGUUGUUACAUAAUCAAGAGUCUGCAAGCACAGAUGAUGAAAUAAAGCCAGUGGCAGCCACCGAUUUGAAGGAGGAUCUUGUUCAAAUAUCUCUUAACGCAGUAGAAGACUCUGUCUUUGCAAUUGCUCAUAUGAAAGAUAAGAAUAGUUUGGAUACAGAAUCUGAUUCAGGAAAUGGUCAAGAAAAGGAACUUUCGGAGAAUGAUUCAAAAAUUAAAACAAAGGAAUUGACAAACUUAGAUGACGUAGACAUUAAGGAAACGCAAACCUCUAAUGGUGUUCCUUCUGCUAGUGACGAGAAAGAUGUCCCAGAUUCGAAGGCCGAGAAGAUCGAUUCAAUUCCUUCGAAAACUGAAAAAAACUCUUCAUUGCUUGUAUCUAAUCAAUUAAUUGGCACCCAAAAUUUACCAACUAACCCUAUUGAGAUUGAAAAGAACACCAAGAAGUACUCUAGCGUAAAUGUAAAAGAUAAAGAUAUUGGCACUUUAUCAUCGGGGCGACUUGUUCCCACACCAAUUGCUGAACUGCAGCUGAAAUCAUUUAAAAACACCAACGACGAUGGCGCCUGGUAUGAUAUAUAUGUGGAGAACCAGAUUCCAAUAGAUACAGAUUCAGGGAAAACAACUGAUUCUGUUCAAUCUAUUCAGAUUGAUGCCGAUCGACCAGGAGAAAUAAUUGAAGAACCUAUUAUUCCUCAAGAAAGAGUUCCCAGCUAUUAUACGCCCCAGAAAAUUGUUGAACCCGAAAUACCAAAAGUUAAAAACUCUGUUUCGUUUUUUGUGUCUUUUGACUCCGAUGAUGGCAAACCCAAAUACAAAAUACCAAAAAAGUUUCAGAAUCAAUCUAAGACAAAUAUUCCCGAGAAAAGUCAACUAAAGGCCUAUUCUGAUUCUACCAAACCUGGGGAAAUUGAAACUUCUACUGCAGAUGAUAAUGAAAAUGAAGAGGAAAUUGAAGUUAUUGAAGUUUCAGAAGGGGAUCCCGAAUACCAACAGAUGGCUGGAACCAAACUUCAAACCAUCUUGGAACUAAAUGAAAAUGAACAACCCAGUGAUUUGCAAAAUGAAGGUAAUGAAGCUGAAUUGGAAAAUCCUUUGCCAACAACUAAAAAAAGCGAUUAUGAUUUUGAAACUAUCUACAAGGCUGAUAUUUUAAGCCUAACCAAAUCUGUUCAGAUUAUAGAAAGAGCUUUCAAAAGAUUCAAAAACAAAAGUCAAGAAGUCCCAGAAAACCAAAACGUUGAAAUUGAUGAAGCAAAAGCAAACAAUGCUGCUCAAGUUAUACAGAAGUGGAUUCGGAAUAUUUUAAUAAAAAAGUCAAGUAAACUUUCAUCAGAUAUUGUAGAAGAUAACCACAAAAUCUUAGCUCCAAGAAAAAUUCAAAGAGCAUAUAGAAACUAUGUUGAAAAAUUAAAGAAAAAAAUUGAAAAACAUAACAAUGCUGUUUUAAUAAUUCAAAAGGCAUUUAGGCUUUAUUCUCAAAGAAAUAAAGCUAAACAGAAUAAAAUGAAAUCAGAUGAAAAUGACGUAAGGCAAAAUGAUGCUGCAACAAAAAUUCAAAGGACAUUUAAAAGAUAUUUGAAAUUAAUAAAAAAUCCAGAUGUGGUUAUACAAAAUCAGUCUAAGAAAAUCGAAGAAGUGCAAGAAUCUGUGAAUUCAAACAUAGUUACCACACAAGAACCCAUACCUGAACCAAAUAAUGCACCAAAAGACGAUCUUAAAUUAGAAGCCAAGGCAGUUCUAAUAAUACAAAGGGCUUUUAGACAAUAUUUGGAACGAAAGAAGUUAGAAACCCUUGAGGAAAACUCAUUUGAUUCACAAUCAAUUACAAGUUCCCGAAUAACAACCAUUGAAAAUGUUAAUUAUCCAACUGAUGCAACACCAACAGAUAGUUUGGUUCAGGAAUCUGUUGAAAAUACACCGGAAAUUAAGCCAAAAUCAGAAUGGUAUGUGGGUUCAACCCGGAUUAUACCAAGCCAGGAAGUCGUUGGGGAACCUCUCGAGAUAAAUCAGGAACUGGCAGCAUCGGCACGUAAAAGCACGCAAGUAGUAGAAUCAAUUGAAACCGUAGAUAGUUCGCAUGGCUCGCUUGAAUCCAAACUAAAUUCUGGUACUAAAUUUGAUGAGAUCGUAGGCAAGGAUAUUGAAAAGGAUAAUGCACUGUCUUGUGGUUUAGCAGGUCCAGAAGAUGCAGUUGAGGCUGAAUCAGGUUCCAAUGAGGACGACAUCCUAUUGACACAAUCAAACUUGGAUAAAAUCGAGCGUGAUAUUCUAUCCACUCAAGAACUGGUAAAUAAUUUCUUGGAAAAAGAAAUUGAGUUCUCCUCGGCACAAGGACCUUAUGAAAAUUCAAGCCCAGAGGAAGUUGUUGAAGAAACUUGCAUUAAAAAAUCAGCUUCGCUUGUCAAUAUAUCUGAGACGGAGACCGGAGAUCCUACGGAUUCUUCACUUUCGGAAACCACAGGCUUAGAUACUUUGUCUGCGGAUACCAUAGACAAGGCUACAGUGAAGUUGGCCAAGCCCGAGGAAGUGAUUGAGAAAAUGUCCCAGUUGCGAGAAUCCAGGAGUCAAACUUCCCAGGAAAGGAUUCAAUCCGGUGAUGCCAGUUUCGAGGAAUCUGUUGUUCGUCCGAUGAGUUCUUUGCAGGAACAAUCCAGCCUGGACAUUGAAGAUGGCGAUAUUAUUGUUUACAACCGUCUGCAGCGAGAUGAAACCCGUGAGAGUUCUGCCCAGAGUGAUUCCGUGGUUUUUGGUGAUCCAGAGACUGAAAAGAUCGUGGAAAAAGAUGAAGAAUCCGGCAGAGUACAUUUGAUGCGGCACUACACCAUUGCUGGAGAUGAUCCCCGAGGCCUUUUCCGUUCUGUGACCAUUGAUGAUGCACUAAAUUAUGAAGAGGAUAUGGAUUCGGGUCAUGGCAUCAAAAGUACCGCCAGCUUCUACUUGGACGACGAAACAUCGGAGAACAUUCGCAAGAAAAUGAUGGCCUACUCGCUGAGUGAAACGGAUUCCGAUUACAUUGAUCCCAGAAAGGUCAGCCAAGAAGACUUUGAUGUAGACACCGCCAUGGCAGAUGCCAUGGGCACCUCCACGGAGACAGAAUCGACCAUCGUAUCGGCGGCCACCAAAAUACAGGCUGGAGCUCGGGGAUUUCUCACCCGGCGCAGACUGCGACGCGCCAGUGCUGGCACCAAAUCAUCCACCCAGGACACCAAGGCGUCUUUCGGCAAUGAUGCCAUAAGCGAAUCUUUGGAAAGAUUUAUCGAGGAGGAGGCAGCAAAGAAGAUUCAGGCUGCAUAUAGGAUCCACACACGCAAACGUAAAGGAUACCCUCGAAAAAUGGAGGGCAUUAGUCUGGAGAGCAACCUGGCUGCCAGGCGACAGAAGCUGCAGCGCGGGGAUGCCCUGCGGAACGAUUCUACCCCGGAUGAUGAGCACAGUGUGGCCACCAAUGGAGGGCAGACUCAGAAAGUGGCUAAGCCUCCGCGCCACAAGUUAGUUGGUGAUGCCAAGUCCAGGGCCGCUAUGGAAUUGAAAUGGCUUACCAUGAGGCAGAACUCAAUGCCGGUGCAAAUCGACUGUGAAGUAUUCAGAGUCAUACCAAAGCAUAUGCGAAAACGUAUAAAAAGCGCAGAUGCAAACAAAAGGAAAUAAAACGUACGUAUAAUUAAGUAAAUACGCUGAAUUUUAUCCAAAUAAAAUAUAUACAUUCGAUCGACAAUGUUUUUGUUAUCAAACAAAACUGACAAGCUUCCGGGACAGAGGCGGCUAUUUAUUUAAAAUUAAAUGAAAUUUAUUUAAUUUGACUGGGGAUGGGCGGAUGUUUUUUGUCUAACAAACUGUUGGCACCUUGCUUCGAAACGUUGAACACAUUUGACAGGUUUAUGAGCUGGGUGUGCACCUUGGGUCAAUGCACCGAAUCCAAACAGCAAAUGUCUCGCCCCAGCCACCAGCCUGGUUUUAUUCUAAAUUUAAUAGGAAUUUUGUUAAAAUUUGGGAA